AACAUUAUUGUUUUGAUUUUGACACCGUAGAAUAACAACGAGAUAACCAUAGUCUAACGGACAGUUCGUGGAGAUCCUGUAAAAGUCGUGUUUUGUGAGAGGGGUGAACCUCACAUGAGUAUUAUUUUACCCUUUUUAAUAAGCUCCUGUAAAGAAUGGGUGAACGGAAAGGAACCAAUUUGUACUAUCCACCUGACUAUGAUCCCAAAAAAGGUGGACUUAAUAAAUUCUUGGGAACCCAUGCCUUGCGAGAACGUGCUCGCAAGUUGCACAUGGGAAUCCUCAUCAUUCGCUUUGAGAUGCCAUACAAUAUCUGGUGUGAUGGAUGUAACAACCAUAUUGGUAUGGGAGUAAGGUACAAUGCAGAGAAAAAGAAAGUUGGAAUGUACUACAGUACACCAGUAUAUCAGUUCCGGAUGAAGUGUCAUCUUUGUGAUAAUCACUUUGAAAUAAAAACAGAUCCUGCAAAUUUUGAUUAUGUGAUAGUGUCUGGUGCCCGACGUCAAGAGAAUAGAUGGGAUCCGACACAAAAUGAACAGGUUGUUCCUGAAGAUAAGGCAACCAGUAAGCGUCUUUUUGAUGAUGCUAUGUUUAAGUUGGAACAUGGUGACAAAGAUCAGAAAGGAGCUAAAUCUAUCAUGCCAACUCUUAGUAGGUUAGCAGCAAUGCGUGAGGAUCGCUGGCAAGAUGACUACAGUGCAAAUUGUGCCCUACGACAAACUUUUCGGGCAAAAAAACGUGUUCAAAAGAAAACAGAGGCUCGAGAUCGAGCACUGACUCAUAAAUUUGGACUAGAUCUGCCACUUCUUCCAGAACUAGAAUCAGAUGUGCAUUUAGCUAAGCUACUGGCCUUGAAACCUGCUCAGAGUAUUCUAGAACGUCAGUCGCAGUCUCGACAAGCCAUCAUAGAACGUCCUGUUCUCCCCAGCAGCAAGACUAAUGAUAUGCGUGGCUUGAUUAAGCCACUGAAGAGAACACAUGGCAGUUGUGAUACUAAAAAACACACUUCACAGAUAUUAGUAAAGAAGCGAGAGAAGGGAACCAUCCCGCAGACUGUGACAUUGCCUGAAGCAACUGUAUUGACAGAUAGGCACCUAACCAGAGAAGGUGAAACUGAAUAUAAUCACACUGCUGAAACAUGCAGUGUUUCUGAAACUGGUAAAACCACAAGUGAAGUAGAUGUACAGGGACAGAAGGAAACUUUAGAGCUUAUGGAUGAAAAUGACUGUCCAUCUGUAUUACCUGCAGACAGUGUUCAGCAAUUUGAUUCAUGCAUGAAUACAAAAGUAGUGGCACCCUGCCCACAAGAAAAUAUUAUGAAUGUCAAACAAAACUUUAUCUCAAAUGUGCCUUCUACAGUUACUCAUAUUAGCUGUAGUAAUCCUAGUUUGUCUGCUGAUAAGGAAAUGCAGGCAGUCACAGAGGCUUCUUCUGCAAAGCAAGAAGUUCUGAGAAGCAGCUGUAGUAAAUCUCUUGUUUUAAAUUUCACUUCUUCAGGAAAAACCUGGGUUAAGACUUUCACUUCCCCCAUUUGUAGCUCUAAUAUUGAGACAAGUAUAUCCACAUCACAUGACAACAAAUCUACAUCAUGUCAUUUGAAAGGAACUGCGGGGUCUGUCAAGGAAAUGGCUCCAGUGCUUGUGAAUAGAAGCUCUUCAUGUAAUCCAGUGGCUGAACAGUCUUUCAUCAAUAAGAAAAGGCAGACAGUUUGCUUAGUAGAUAGUGGAUAUCAUGGCUCUACAAGCUCAGAUAGCGAUGAUCAUGUUAGUUCCUAAUCAACAUUUGUAUCAUUAUAUUAAAUACAAAGAGUUAUACACA